CAACACUCCAUCCCCCUCAAUUCAACCCAAUUCCACCCAAAACACACAAUGGGUAAAAGAAUCAUCAUAACCGGCGGCUCCGGCAAAGCCGGCCAACACAUCAUAACCCACCUCCUCUCUCGCGGCCACGAGCUAUUCAACAUCGACCUCGCCCCGCUCCCCGCACACGUCGCCCCAGAAUCCCUCGUCCACACCCUCCGCGCCGACCUCACAGACUCCGGCCAAGUCCACGGCGCCUUCACCUCGCACUUCAAAAUCACCGAACCCUUCCGCGACGACCCCCUAGGCAAAGACCGCCCCGACGCAGUCAUCCAUCUAGCCGGAUACUCACGGAACAUGAUCGUGCCCGACAACGAAACGUUCCGCACGAACACGAUGUCAACGUAUAAUGUGAUCGAGGCUGCGUGUCGGCUGGGGAUUAAGAAAGUUAUCAUUGCGAGUUCGGUUACGGUGUACGGGGUUAGUUAUGCGGAGGGGGAUGUAGGGUAUCCGAGUUUUCCGGUGGAUGAGGAGAUUGAUGCGAGUCCGAUGGAUAGUUAUGCCAUUGCGAAGGUUUGCGGGGAGAGGAUUGCUAGGGGUUUCGCGAGGAGGUUUCCCGGUGUUGAUGUUUAUGUGCUGAGGAUAGGGAGGGUGGUUAAUCCGGAGGAGUAUCGGGAGGGGAUGUUUGCUUCGUAUGUGGAGGAGCCGGAGAGGUGGGCGGUGCAUGGGUGGUCGUAUAUUGAUUCGCGGGAUUUGGGGGAGAUGUGUCAUUUGGGGGUUGAGAGGGAUGGGUUGGGGUUUCAGGUGUUUAAUGCUACGAAUGAUGAAAUUACCAAUUAUGAGGAUUCGACGAGGAAGUUUCUUGAGAGGGUUUCGCCCGGGACGCCGUUUACGAGGGAGAUGGGGGAGAGGGAGGCGCCGCUCAGUAAUAGAAAGAUUAAGGAGUUGUUAGGGUUUCGGGAGAGUCAUCCGUGGCAGAAGUAUUAUGAGAGUAAAUAGACUACUAUAGAUGUACAAAACAUCAACUAUGAAUUAUGCCCCGUGACAGCACCCCAGAUAUACGCCGUCCAACUCCCAACGGUAACCAACAUGAGAGCACUGGAACAAACAACCG